AUGCUCUGGACCUUUGUCACUCUCGUAGCUGCUACGUCCGUGCUUUGCCUGAUCAAGUGGUGCGCGACGAAGCUCUCUAAUCGACGGAAAGAGCUGUAUCAUCCCGGACCCAAACCACUCCCCAUCAUCGGGAAUGCUCUGGACAUCCCCAAAGUAUCGCCAUGGCGUGAAUACGCUGGUUGGCGACAGCAAUAUGGCAAGUUCUCCACUCGCCCCCGGCGGGAUAUUAUCCAUCUAAGCGCACUGGGCAAGCACAUCGUCGUCGUCAACUCCAUCGAAAAGGCCGUCGAUCUCCUCGACAAACGAUCGAGCAACUACUCUGACAGACCGGACAUCCCAAUGGCGAACAUGACCGGUUGGACGGCUAUCAACAUUGGCCUAAUUCACUAUGGCGAGCUCUGGCGUAGGCAUCGGCGACUAUUCCAUCAGAAGUUCCGCCAGAAUGCUGUAUCAGAGUUCCGCCCUCUGCAGACCUCCAAAAUACAGGUUCUACUACGCAAUCUUCUCGAGAACCCAGAAGAGUUUAGCUUACACGUCAGGAAUUUCCCGGCUUCUGUCAUUAUGGCUGCUACAUAUGGGUAUGAGAUAGCUCCUCGGAACGAUCCCAUUGUUACACUGGUCGACGAAGCUUCAACGAUGAUAACAGAGCAUAUCUUUUUGGGGUCUCAACUCGUCAACGUCUUCCCCGUUCUUAGACAUAUCCCUGACUGGAUGCCAGGCGCAGCAUUCAAGAAAAUUGCGCGAGACUGCCACAACAAAGUCAAUGAGAUGAUGGACACUCCCUUCUAUGCCGUUAAGGAGCAGAUGGCUAAAGGUGAAGCUAUGCCUUCUUGGACAUCCGAACUGCUACAAGAUCACGACGCAAAAAAGCGCGGCGAGGAAGGUGAAUAUCUUAUCAAAAGCGUAGCCGCUACCGCAUUUGCCGUGGCCGCUGAUACGAGUGCAUCAUCUCUUGCUUCGUUCAUCCUCGCGAUGGUCCUAUAUCCGGACGUACUUGCAAAGGCUCAAGCUGAGCUGGACUCGGUCGUCGGCAAUACAAGGCUACCAAACUUCGGAGACCGUGACUCCAUGCCGUAUAUCGACGCACUCUGUCAUGAAAUUUUUAGAUGGAGUCCAGCGGUCCCAUUAGGCGUACCCCAUGCUGCUCUGGAAGAUGACAUCUACGACGGCCGCUUGAUCCCUGCGGGUACAAUGAUCUUGUCAAACAUUUGGGCAAUGAGCAGAGAUGAGCGGAUGUAUGACCAACCUUCAAAGUUCAUGCCGGAGCGAUUCCUCAAUGCGGAUGGCACAGAGGUAACCCACGAUCCCCUGCCGACGUUCGGUUUCGGACGACGGAUAUGUGUUGGUCGGCAUUUGGCUGACGACACCCUUUGGAUUGCAGUAGCGACUAUGGUAUCUUGCUUCAACUUCACAAAGGCCAAAGACGCCUUCGGCAAGGAGAUCGAUGUCACUGGCGAAUUUGAUGACAAGCUUAUCAGCCAUCCACGCCCAUUCAAGUGUUCGAUCACCCCGCGGUCCGACGCAGCUGUAAAAUUGAUCAAGACAUCAGUAUGA